AUCCAGGGGGCUGUUCAACAUAUACAUCCUCAUUGAUUUCACCAUUUACAAAGGCACUUUUGACAUCCAUUUGAAAAUUUUUUAUAUUCAUAUAGCUAGCAUAGUCACAGAGAAGACAAAUUGAUUCUAGGCGAGCUACAGGUGCAAAGGUUUUUGGUAACGUCGUAUUUGCACAUGUUUGCACCCUAAUUUCUUCAUCAUUUUGGCUAGAGUUUUUGAUUUCUUGGACUAUUUUACGCUAGGUUGUGUUCCUUUGUCACAUUUCAGGUCCUAGCAUGUAAAUUGGAGCAAAGGCGCAAGUUUCAAGUCAAUCGGAAUUCAUUUGGCAAUUCGGGAGAAGAAACACGAGCAUGACCUGAGGAAUAAUGGAUUUCUACCUCAUUUUAUGGACAAAUAAUCAUGAAAGUUUGUUAUGAAAAGAAAGAGGACGAGACUACGAGCGUCUUGGUUCAAACGGCGACUGAUUCGGAGUCCGGACGAGGGAGAAACGAAGCAUUCAACAGGAGCGGAGGAAGAAUUACGGACAGCCCCUGCCCAAUUACGGGCGUAAUUGCUUCUGUCAUGCCCAUAAAUGAAAUGCCGAGCCUAAAUCCCUGAGAAUUCCUGUCGCAGAGUAAAUUACGGGCAAGAGUAGACUCAUUUACGGUCGUAAUUACUUAAACAUUGGCAAUAAUUGGGUAAUUACGACCGUAAUUACCUUCCUCAGAGUUUAGUGAAACGCGCGUUUUGGGUGAAUUACGGGCAGACCAUGAUUUACGAUCGUAAUUCAGCCCGUAUUUCACCAACAAUCGGGUUUUUGAGGCAGAUUCGAGCCAAAGGAGAGAGAGUCGACUUUUUGGAACAAAAAUAGAGUUUUAGAGAGAGAAAGUGCGAAGAACAAACCCUAGGAGCUAUUUGGAGUGGAUUUCUCACCAUUGAAGCCCAGAUUGCAUCCCCAGGAGUGAAGAUUGACAUCCCAGAGCAGAUUCUUCCCAUUGUUAUGAGUAUGACUGCUUUGUAUUCUGUUUCCCUCUCUCUCUCUAUGGAGAAGAACUUUCUCUCAUUUGGGUAUGAAGAACCCUAGUUCCAUGUGUUAGGAAUCUUGAUUGUAAUUACGUUUGGAUUGUCUUUUAUUGAGUCAAUUGAAGUCUGAUCAUCUUUUAUUGAUUUCUGCUGCAACCUGAGAUAGAUAGAAUCUGAUUAGAUUGUUAGAGCUUCUUCAAUCAGUAGUAGUGAAUCGAUUAUAUGAGAUUUAGUCGAUUCACUGCUUUGUACUGGAAUCUAAUUCCAGUAGUGCAGUUUUGUGUUCAUUGCUUCAACGUUCUAUCCCGAUGAAGACUAGUCGUCUUCCGGGUAGUUUGACUGAGAGGGCUUGGUCAGCUUAAGAGAUUCCAAGCUACUGUUGGAUCUUCCGCUAAUCAGCAGUAAAGUAACCAAGAGUAAUUACAACUGUGACCUAACUAAGGAGCUAGGGGGACUCAUUCCCGAGUGACUCUUCCCUUGAUUUAGAAAACCGAAUCAUUUCCUGCUUUUGCUUAAAUCAACAAUCACUCGACUUAGUUUGCUAGAUAAUAGAUAUCUCGGAGUAGGCAGUAGAUCUAGACCUCGCGUUGACAAUUAGAGCUUGCCUGUUACUGCAUCUCCGGACUGCGAUUACACUUGGUCGCAGUUUGGUGUUGUGUUUUAGCGUGUCAAGUUUUUGGCGUCGUUGUCGGGGAACUCUAGGUUAUUGUAGAAAUGUGAAAGUCUGUUACUUUAGCAUUUACUUUUAUGCAUCCUCUCUUUUCCACCCUUGCUUUUCACUUGGGUAUUUUAUUUUUGUUGGUGCAGAUCUGAUACAUGGAUUCUCAAGGCUUCUCCAACCAUUGGGGGUAUCCACUACCAUCCGAGUGGUAUUACCCCGAGACUUCCUGGAGCACCCAAGGAGGAGAAGACUAUGGAGUCGGGAUUUAGUACCAACCCCCUACUACGAAGAACAAUAAGACCCUUGGGUAUUUCAAGAACAAUCUCAUUAUCAAGAAGAAUUCCUCCCACAACUAGAAGAGCCAUCGGAUCUUGAUUUAGCCACAGCCUUCACGAGCCAUCCGGCAAAGCCAUGCUACACUCGACAGCCAGAUCUAAACUAUCACUUGAGGCUUCUCGUGGAGCAGAUUGCUCGAGUACCUAAGAGAUCCUUUCCCGAGAUGGAUCCUCAUAUCCAUGCCACGACUCAAACUUACUUCUCCUUUCCCCGUGAAACAGAGGAUACCCUUCGGAGCAUAAAGAAGCACAUAGAGGUCAUUGAGAAAGCUUGUGCAAAGUUUUCUCAAGACAACCUUUAUACUGCCAUACAAGUAGAGGAGGAGGAAGAAGAAGGCAAUCAUGAGGAUGUUGAGGAGCAUGCAGAAGUUGUCACGGAAAGCUCCCAUGGUAAUCAUGAUCAAGUGUAUCCUCUGGUGGUAGAUCACAACUGUCCCCAUUUCCGCUCUGAUAUGCUGGGCCCGAGCGAGGAGAUGCAAGAUGAUCUCAUUGAAGAAAUUACAUGGAGACUUUCUCUCCAAUCUGUGCUAGAAGAAGAAGAGCGAGAAAGGGUGAGGGAAGAAGUUGUGGAGGAUGAGGAAGAAAGCAAAGAAUAGGAAGUUCUUAAUCUUUUCCAAGGGGAGAUACCACAUUGUGAAGAAGGAAGGGGGGUUAAGGAAGCAAUUGGCGUCCAGGCUGAGGAUGAAGUUGAGGUGGAAGAGGCCUGCACCGGCCCUAUGUUACAUGUGAUAUCUCCACCAAACAUCGAGGAGCUACUUGGAAAGGACCCAUUUGCAAUAUCUCUUUGCCAGACCAAGACCACAUCAACAUCAAUCCCUCUUGGUGGAUGCGAUAGUGGUCAUCGAUGGUAUCUUAUCUGGUUUGGGGAAAUGAGACAAGAGCAAACGCGAAGGAGAGGUCUCGAGUGUGGAGACUUCAUCUUCCUCAAGGCCACGAGCCAUCUUCAUCACCUAUCACAUCACCUGCUUGUGAUUUGAGACUCCACAUCAUCGACGAGAACCUCAACUUCAAGGAGGUUCUGGGGUGGAGCGAAACUUAGGAGCCACCGUCUAGCUAAAGACGUAAAGGAAGCGCUUGUUGGGAGGCAACCCCACCAAGGUUUUUUUUCCUUUCGUUUAUUUUCGGUUUUUCCACUUGGAACUAUGGUUUCUAUAACCCGGUGUGUUUUGCUGAUGGUAGCCCCGCUGACGGGUCCUUUCCAGUCCCCCGGCAGUCUUUCCUUCUGGUAACAUCGUUCCCCUUAUCUUUCCCUCUGCUCCAUUGAGGGCAAUGUCGAAUUUAAGUGUGUGUGUGUGGGGGGGGGGGGGGGUUCUUUGUAUUCAUUGGAACAUAUAUAUAUAUGGGUGCGUGGGGCCUAGUCCGCUGCCCAAAUCUCGAUAGUUGAGGGCUCCAAGCACUGCUGUUUGCUUGAUCAUAUUCGCAUUGUGGAUUUAAUUGGUGAAUUGAAUGGUGUUCGAAUUAAUGCAUGACAACUGGACUGUGACUAGGACAACCUAUAAUGAUGACUGAGACGUGCAGUAGAAUUGUGUAGGGGUUCAGUUUUUCAACUGUUUGCUUACCAACUGUGACUUGGAUUUAUCACUUGUUCUUGACAGUCGUUUAUGCAUCUAGUUCAGGGAAUCAUAAUGAGAGAUAGAGCAUAUAGGUAGCCAUGUGAGAUUUGAGCUUGCUCGUUUCAUUCUUGUGCAAUAGAUCCCUCUUCCAUGAUGUGUAGCAUUCACGUUAUCAUUAGCUAAGAUGAUGGAGGCAUAGGAUUAGCCCACGACCAAACUGACUGUCCUGAUGUGUAAUACCCCCUAGUCAGCCCUUUUGAGCCGUGUGUUAUCCUUUCUUUCGGUUUAUAUUGGAAAAUCACUCUUUUGCAUCUCUUAGAAGGUUCCACGGAGUGGUUUUUGCAUGUUCUCUGCUGUUUCUGCUAAAAAUAAUGUGAGGGUUGGAGGUAGUUCUUAAAAAGUUGGGCAUGUGUUUGAAAAAUGUGCAUAGGUGGGGGUUCUCUCAAGAAAUGAAAAAAAAGAGAAAAAAAAUGAAUGAAAGCAAAAGAGAGCCACCACCACAAAAAUGUGAAUAGUGCCCUUUAAGUAGUGUUUCUUAGCAGUCUGGCUUGGAAAUACUAACAUUUAUGUGACCUCCUUCGCUCUUGUGCUCUAAAGAAUCUGAAUAAUGCAGAAUGGCAGAAAGAAAGUUACUAGUUUGAUUGGUUGUGAAGGUGUUGGGUUUGGAAUUGUGGAACCUUAUGCCAUGAAUACUUCCACCACCUAAAAGGCCUUUUCCCCAUGUCCAAGACCCUAGCCAGUCAUCUGAACCUGUGUCUAAGACCUCUGGAUUAGUUAGUGGUGACACCCCAUAUGUGAACUCUAACAUUUAGAGGCUACCUUCAUGGUGAAGAGACGUUAGGGAUUGAGAGAAUAAGCAUGUGCAUUUUUC